AUGGCCGAGUACCAAGGAGACAGAAGCUCCAGCGGCGGGAGCUACGUCUCCAUCUUCGGCAUCUCGCGCGACGCCAACCUCGUCGGCAAGCAAUACUCAUGGCUCGGCUCCAUCCUCUACCUUGCACAGCUCGUCAUGCAGCCGCUGGCAGCCUUCCUCCUAGUCAAGCUGCCGACAGGCAAGGUAAUCGGCAGCGCCAUUCUGCUAUGGGGCGCGUCGCUGUGCAUUAUGUCCGCCUGCACGACCUUCCCCUCGCUGCUGGGGCUGCGCUUCCUGCUGGGCUCGUUCGAGGCCAUGAUCGCGCCGAGCUGCGUGGCCGUGACGCAGAUGUGGUGGCGUCGCAGCGAGCAGACGCUGCGUACCAGUUACUGGAACGCCAUGAAUGGGAUUACGGCCAUUGUUGGUAGUUUGUUUACGUACGGCCUAGGGCACAUCGAGAGUCGCGUUAUGUUCAAGUAUCAGAUUAUCUUUUUGUUUUGUGGUCUGCUGACGGUGUGCUAUGCCGGGGUGGUGCUAGUGCUGAUGCCUGACUCACCCAUGGAGGCCAAGUAUCUUAAGGAAAGGGAGAAGGUCAUUGCGGUGGAGAGGCUUAGGGCGAACCAGAUGGGUGUUGCAUCGAGGGAGUGGCGGUGGGACCAUGUCUGGGAGACGCUGUGGGAUCUUAAGACUUGGUGCUGGUUUGUGGCUAUUGUGGCCAUUUCGAUUUCGAGCGGGGGCAUCGGCACGUUUGGGAGCUUGAUUGUCAGGGACUUUGGCUACACCAACUUCGACGCCAUUCUGUUCAACAUCCCGUUCGGCGCCAUCCAGUUCUUCAUGAUUAUCGGAUCCGCCUGGGCUGCGACGCACUGGCAGAGGAAGGGCUUGACUAUCGCCGCCGUCAGUGUGUUGCCUAUUGUUGGGACCAUCCUCAUGCUCACAGUUCCGCGAUCCAACCAUAACAAGGGCGUCUUGCUGUUUGGGUAUUAUUUGGACUGUCAGGUGUCUUGCUUGGCUGCCAUCACGCCCCUAAUAUACGCAUGGCAAGCCCAAAACACAGCCGGCGACACCAAAAAGAAGUGCACCUCGGCCAUGGUCUUCAUCGGCAUGUGCACAGGGAAUGUCAUUGGUCCGUUGCUUUAUGACGAGAGUCAGGCACCGCUUUACCGGUCGGGCCUCAUCGCGACUCUCAUCAUGUUCGCUCUCGUUGGGGGUGUUUCAGCACUCAUCCCAUUGUAUCUCAUGUUCCUCAACCGCCGGCACGCCAAGCGCCGCGAGGAACUAGGGAAAAGCGCGGCGCUAGUUGAUGAGUCGAUGGUGUCCAAGAAGAAGAUGGAGGACAGCAAAGCGGUCGAGGCCGGGGAGAGUGGCAGACACCUAACGGCACUCGAGGAGGACAAUGCAUUACAAGACAUGACGGAUUUGCAGAAUGAGGAUUUUAUUUAUGUGUAUUAA